AUGUCCAUCUUAUUUGCUGAAUUUGUUGAUAAAUAUCGAUCUGUCUAUUUCUUUUUUCUUACAGAAAGGGGAGAACAACAACGUACAGUAACUGUCUUUAUCAAAGAAGCUGCUGCCACGUCACGUGCAUUCGAACUUCUGCAGAAGUAUACUGAGCAGGAAAGCUGGGAAGCACGGCUACCGUCAAAGUAUACGAAAUAUGGAGAUAAUAAUGCGAGUAAUGAUUAUAAGACUAAAAGCUUCCUAAGGGUCAAUUUGACUUCGGAUGAAUCGUCCAAGAUUACAGUUGAACAGGAACUUACCCAUGCGGUGGCCAAUGGUGAUACCAUGAAUACUAACGACAUAUGUACUUUGGGGGACAUUUCGCGUGCAACGCAAACGGUCAAUAAGUCAUCUGGUAUUGUUAUCAGUUUCAAUGAGUUGAAUUCUGUAUCAUCAAUUGAAAACGGGUGCGCGAAUACGAACAAAAUAGCAUCCAUUGAUGAGGAUGAACGCGCAGGCAAUCGCUGUCGCUCUUCAAAUAUGUAUAUUGGAGAGGAUAAAAAUGGACACAUGAAUGGUAGCGGUUUCAAGAAUGUUUAUACGCAAGGCAAUUCAGUUCAAGAGAUUCGAGCGCUAAACGAUAGUGACGACGAUGAAGUGAUGGUUAACAUUAUGUCGAAAGUUUCAAAGGAAAUCGAAAGUGUUUCAAUUACUGAAGCAAACAUUACAGAGAAUGGGAUUCAAAAGGGCACUGAAGCCAGUGCAGCUAUCAAUGCUCAAGGAAAGCAUGAUGAUAAUCCAUUUACCUAUUCAGCGGGACAAUUACGCCUACAUGGAAAUCGAGUUGGUACGUACGAUAUGCAAAAAUCCCGUACAAUAGGAGUAAAAAGGGAUCUCCUGGCAGCUGAUGGUGAGUGUGAUUUCACCUACAAGGAAUACGUCAGUCCAACUUUCUUAAGCUUGAUACCGGCUGAUACAUCAAAUUCGAUCUUAGCACGAGAACUGAUACCGGCACACUUCGAUGGACGUGAAACUUAUGCGAAAGGGCUUUUGGAUCCAACCGAGGACACUCGCCUUGAUGUACAUAUGCAUCAUUUCGGUGCGCUCGUCUUCGCAGCGAUCAAGAUGCUUUGUAAGCAUCACAGUUGGGUAGUGUACUCAUGUACAUCCAUCCAGUGGCAAACAGUUUUCCGACAUUUUAUUUCCUAA